CGUGUGUGUGUAAGAAAAAAAAAAAAAAGUUUGGGUGUGUCUGCCAGUCCCCUCCCCUGGUUGGCGUUUUUAAAAGCCUGCCGAGAGCAGUGCGGAGACACACAGAGGGACUUUGACUCUCCUUCGUGAAGUAAGCCUCCACUCCUCCUCCUUCUCCUCCGUCUUCUCCGUCUCUCUCUCUCACACAUACAAGCAGCAUGGAGUUCAACAGGACCGUCAGCUACCGCUCCAGCCCUGUGGUGAAGAGAAGCUUCAGCAGCCAGUCGGCUGUCCCCAGCGGCUCGUCCCGCAGCAGCUCCAUGUCAGUGCGCCGCUCCGGUGUGGGCUCCAGCAUGGGCGGUGGAUUCGGUGGUGGCAGUGGAUUCGGUGGUGGCAGCGCCGGUGGUGGCAGCUACAACUACAGCAGCAGCAGCAUGGGCGGCGGGUACGGCGGCGGGUACGGCGGCGGCUUUGUGGGAGCGCCCAUCACCGCUGUGACGGUCAACCAAAGCCUGCUGGCCCCCCUUAACCUGGAGAUUGACCCCAACAUCCAGGUCGUGAGGACACAGGAGAAGGAGCAGAUCAAGACCCUCAACAACCGCUUCGCCUCCUUCAUCGACAAGGUGCGUUUCCUGGAGCAGCAGAACAAGAUGCUGGAGACCAAGUGGAGUCUCCUGCAGGACCAGACCACCACCCGCUCUAACAUCGAUUCCAUGUUUGAGGCCUACAUCGCUAACCUUCGUCGCCAGCUUGACGGCCUGGGCAACGAGAAACUCAAGCUGGAGGGAGAGCUGAGGAACAUGCAGGGCCUUGUGGAGGACUUCAAGAGGAAGUAUGAAGAGGAGAUCAACAAGCGUGCAGGGGCAGAAAACGACUUUGUGCUUCUCAAGAAGGAUGUAGAUGCCGCCUACAUGAACAAGGUGGAGCUGGAGGCUAAGGUCGAUGCCCUGCAGGACGAGAUCAACUUCCUCAGGGCCGUUUACGAGGCAGAGCUGCGUGAGAUGCAGUCUCAGAUCAAGGACACAUCAGUGGUGGUGGAGAUGGACAACAGCAGGAACCUGGACAUGGACUCCAUUGUGGCUGAGGUCAGAGCCCAGUAUGAGGACAUUGCCAACCGCAGCCGAGCUGAGGCCGAAUCCUGGUACAAACAGAAGUAUGAGGAGAUGCAGUCAUCCGCAGGCCAGUACGGAGAAGACCUGCGCUCCACCAAGGCCGAGAUCACCGACCUCAAUCGCAUGAUCUCUCGCCUGCAGAACGAGAUCGAGAAUGUCAAAUCACAGCGUCAAAACCUUGAGUCCCAGAUCGCAGAGGCAGAGGAGCGUGGGGAGCUGGCUGUGAGAGAUGCUCGUUCUCGAAUCAAGGACCUGGAGGAUGCCCUCCAGCGUGCCAAGCAAGACAUGGCUCGGCAGGUGCGCGAGUACCAGGAGCUCAUGAACGUCAAGCUGGCGCUGGACAUUGAGAUCGCCACCUACAGGAAGCUGCUGGAAGGAGAGGAGAACAGACUAACUUCAGGUGGUUCCAGUGCUACCAUCCAUGUCCAACAGAGCAGUGGUGGAAGUCUCUCUAGUGCUGCCGGUGGUGGCUAUGGGUACAGCAGUGGUGGCUAUAGCAGUGGUGGAAGUGGCGGCUAUAGCAUUGGUGGCGGUGGCGGUUAUGGCAUUGGAGGCGGUGGUGCCACCAUCACCAAAUCCUCAGUGUCGUCAUCCAGCAGUUCACGCCGUUACUGAAGAGGACCCAAACGCCCACACUAACUCAACUCCGACUCCCUAAACUUAACCCUUAACAUUUUUUAACCAGGCAUUAACCUUUCACUGCACUCACUGAUAUACCAUAUGUUUUCUCUUGACCCCAAUGUCAUCAGUUUACAGUGGCAUAAAAUAAUAACAAGAAGUUAGCGAGCCAAUCCGAGGCCAUCUGAAGUGGGAGGUGCUACUUAUGUCCCACAGGGGGUGUGGUCAUGAGAGUGUGAUGCCUGGCUAGUUUGCUCCUGUUCUCAGGGUUCUAACCAUUUACAGGUUGUGUGGUGAAACAGGUCAACCCCUAUUUUGUGGUCAUGAGAACAAAAAAAUGUUUCCUCUGAUGGGAAAAAGUAAAAAAAACUAGGUUUAUGUCAUGUGGCUCAGAAAAUGCAUAAUGCAGGUAAAACCCCUCAUCCCCCUAUCCACUUGUGGUGACCCCCUCCCUCGGUCUUACUGCCACAAUCUCUCCUGACAAAGAAACUAAAGAGAAACACUGUUGUAACCAGGUUUAUUUUUCAUCAGAACAUCUCCCAAAUAAAUCUGAGAUUCAAAGACA